AGUCUAUGGAGUGUUUACGGCCCCUCAUGCAUAUUCAUAACUGAAUAUUGACACUUUCGUUUGGGCGAUUGGGACACAACUUGGUGCGAAGUUGAGUAUCUGUUGGGUGUGCAUCAUCUCUGCUGCCCCUCCCGGGCUGGGGUCCUCGGCUCUUCGCUGCCCCUCCCCACUCCCUCCAGCUCUUCCUCUCCGUGUCAGCAUGGCGGCCGUGGAGCCCAGAGAAUGUGAGACAGACGGCUGCGGCAGCGAGGCCAAGCUGCAGUGCCCAACCUGCAUCAAGCUCGGAAUCCAGGGCUCGUAUUUCUGCUCCCAGGAGUGCUUCAAAGGGAGUUGGUCCACCCAUAAACUGCUACACAAGAAAGCAAAGGAAGACAAGAGCAAGGACGAGACAAAGAGCAGUGUGGAGAACGACGUUAACACAGACCCAUGGCCUGGCUACAGAUACACGGGCAAACUGCGCCCACACUACCCGCUGACCCCAAAGCGGCCCGUUCCAGAUAACAUCCAGAGACCUGACUAUGCAGAGCAUCCUUUAGCCGCGGAGGUGGGCCUCAUCGCAGGGAUGUCCGAGUCUGAGCAGACCAUGAAGGGGACGUCCCAGAUUAAGAUUCUCUCUCCGGAGGACAUCGAAGGCAUGAGAGUCGUGUGCAGGCUCGCCCGAGAGGUGCUCGACAUCGCCGCCCUGAUGGUGAAACCUGGCAUGACGACUGAGGAGAUCGACCACGCUGUGCACCUGGCUUGCACGGCGAGGAACUGCUACCCGUCGCCCCUCAACUACUACAACUUUCCCAAGUCCUGCUGCACGUCCGUCAACGAGGUCAUCUGUCACGGCAUCCCGGACCGGCGCCCCCUGCAGGACGGAGAUAUUCUCAACGUGGACAUCACCGUUUACCGCAAUGGGUACCAUGGAGACCUUAAUGAAACCUUCUUUGUUGGGGAAGUGGAGGAAGGGGCGCGAAGGCUGGUCCAGACGACCUACGAGUGCCUCAUGCAGUCCAUCGACGCGGUGAAGCCAGGCGUCCGCUACAGGGAGCUGGGCAACAUCAUCCAGAAGCACGCCCAGGCCAGCGGGUUCUCAGUGGUGCGCAGUUACUGUGGACACGGCAUCCACAAGCUGUUCCACACCGCGCCCAACGUGCCACACUACGCCAAAAAUAAAGCUGUGGGGGUGAUGAAGCCAGGCCAUGUGUUCACCAUUGAGCCUAUGAUCUGCGAGGGGGGGUGGCAGGACGAGACGUGGCCGGACGGCUGGACGGCGGUGACCCGGGACGGGAAGCGCUCGGCGCAGUUUGAGCACACCCUGCUGGUGACGGAGACGGGCUGCGAGAUCCUCACGCGCCGCCUGGACGACAGCGGCCGCCCCCACUUCAUGAGCCAGAUGUAGAGCGGACCGUGGUGGCCCCCGACGGUCCCGCACACGCACGGAUACGCACACACAUACACACACACGCACGCAUACACACACACGCACGCAUACACA